AUGCAAAUUGUGGCUCUGACAAGUAAUUCACUGCUGUACCCCAUCAGAGUUGUCAAUAGUCAAACGGUCUUGCAGCUGCUAGUCUGUGGCAGGUCGCAGUGUAUUGUUGGUCGACGACUACUCGUGCCCCAACGUCAAACACCAGCUUCAUCUAUCUUUAUUUCGCAACCAGCAUGGGCAAGAGAGGCAAGUUCCAGCGCAUCCAGUUCAGUUGCCAAGACUCUACAUGGUUUCGGGGAGCCCUCGUCGUUGGAAGACUUGGGGCCUGUAUUGUUUCACAUCCGCUCAGACGCACUUCUCCACCACAACCCGCGGCACCACCAACACAUCACCAUUCCUUACCAUCAACGGAAACUACAUGGCCCCCCCGCCCCUGGAUCACCCGCGGCCCUUCAACCCUUCUCCCACCCCGAGAAGCCCCUCGUCAGGUCCGAGUGUCUAGUUCCAGGUGUUUAG